CUGUUAAUCUAAUGAGGCAAAACAGAGGAUUAGUUUAUGGCUUAAAGUUUUUCACAUAGGCACAUGCUAUAUUUGGAUUUGAAAGAACUGCAUGAUACUGAUUUUCCUGUCAGUUAAUGGUAAGUUUUCUUUUUUCCUUUAAAAUCUUUCAAAUUGAUUUAUAUACUUACUUAAUGUCUGCUAGUAAUCAAACUAUUUUUAGGAAUUUUUGUUGUAUUUAAUUUGAUUCAGACAUCGCUAAAGAUGAGAAAUUUUGUAAUUUUUUUAUAGUACCUUUUUGCAGACAAGAUAUAAAAUGAUUCUGUCAUAACUCAAAACAUUAAGUUUUACUUAUAUGAAACAUAUUUACGUUAAUUUAUUUGUUAUAUCUAACUUUGUAAUUUAAUUAUAGAGUAUAGAAUUAAAAACUAUAUAUAUAAUUCAUUUAAAACAAUAUUUACUAAAGAAUGAAGAUAGUAUUUUUUUGCAUGCCGAAAGCUAACAUGUACCAAUUAUCUAGAUUUUACUUGUGUCGCGAUAAAUUUUCUUAAUAUUUUGAAUAAAAAACAACUUAUUUCAUCUCCAGGUGAAAUAUGGCAAGUGAGAGUGAAUGGGAAAUUGACAUUGAGGAUAGUUUGUUGGCUAAUCUAUUCAUCCCAGAAAUACCAUUAUCCAAUGUUGUCACAAGCAAAUCUAAUGACACUCAAUCACACCCUGAUCUGCCCACACGAGAAGGUUCAAUAAGAUAUGAAACUAGACAGACUAGACAAGUGAAAAAGAUAAAGUACAAGUCAGAAGGUUUUGAUACUUCUGAUGACGAACCCCUGAUGAAAACAACAAGAUGGAACGACUCGGAUUUGGAACCACUAGCCACACUUUUGGAUUCUGAUUUAUCAGAAGGAUCAGAGUACAGGCCAGAUAUAUCUGAAACAUCAAUGUCAGAUCCUAUAUCUUCUGAUGAAAAUGAAAAUAUACGCAUGUCAAAAAGUCAAAGAAAGAAAAGAAAGCAUAAAAUCUCAACACCAAACAAAUCAAAAAGUCUAGAAUAUGUAAUAAAAACCCGUAAAAAAAGGUUUGGAACCACAAGAAGACCAAAGCAAAACUGUAAUGCUGAUAUUGAGAAAGCUAUAAUGAUAAGCAGAGAUGAGGCUAGGAAAAAAAAUGCUGUUGUAAAAGCACACAGUAAAAAGAUGGAUGCUCUCUUGAGAAGCAAUGGCCAGAUAUUAGCUAAGGUGCCUGGAGAUGGCAAUUGCUUUUUUCAUGCUGCAGGUAUUAUUGUUGAUCAACCUGCUGACCAAUUGAAAGAACAAGUGAUAGAGCACCUAAUAGCAGAGCAGGAUGAAUAUAAGAAUUU